AUGUUCUUUUCUUCUGUCAUAACCUCUAAGAUACAGUACAGCAUUAAAAGCCCCAUCUUCUUGUUUUCCGUUGGCAAUCUUUGCUCUUCAUCCUUCUCAUCUCAUUCUAACAGUCGCAGAAGGUCUUUAAUAUGCCAAAUAUGUAAUGCCCUUCACCAGGAAAUAAACCCUGAGCACCUGAACCAUAAUCUUCUUUCCAAAAUAGUACCUUCCGAUGUGCAACCCAUCCUUAUUUCCCUCCACUCCAAACCAAGUACUGCCAUUCAAUUCUUUGAAUGGACUGAGAAGUUCCUACACUCACCGCAUGCCCCGCAAUCCUUCGGUGCACUUCUCCAAAUCUUGCUUCACAAGCAUUUAUUUGGUCCCGCUUCCAGGGUGUUUGACAAGUUCAUUGAGCAAUAUGGAAAUAAUCAUGACACAUGGUGUCGGCUCUGUGAGGGUUUUCGGGAUUCCAGUCCCGAAAGGACUAGUGCUUUCUAUGGAUUUUUUAUUGAGCGCUGUUGUCAGAAAGGAAUGGUUGAUACUGCUGUUCAGCUAUUUGUGUAUGUAUGCAAAAAGGGCAUUCAAGUGUCACCUAAGGUGGUCUGGCUACUUUUGGAUUGCAUGAUUGAGUUGCAGCUUAUGGAUAAAAUUUUAGAUCACCAUCAUGACUUUCGUGUAUUGACAAAUGGGGAUUCCUACAGUUUCUAUAAAUUGGUCAUGGCUGGGAUUAUCGGAAAAGGUGGAAUUGAAAUGGGUAUGGCGUUUCACAAAUCCAUGCUUCAGAGGGGGGUUUCUCUAGAUAUUGUCACGUGUAACAAGCUACUGAAAGAUUUCUGCAUGCAGAACAAGACAGGAAUUGCCAAUGAAUAUUUUGAUGAACUGAUCAUGGCUGGUCCAGAGCCGAAUUUGAUCACAUUUAGUACAUUGAUUAAUGCAUGCUGCAAACAGGGAGAUUUGGACAAAGCAUUUCAGCUUUAUGACACAAUGGCAGACAGGGGACUGGUGCCUGACCUAAUUGUGUACAGCAUCAUCAUUGAUGGUCUAUUGAGAGCAGGAAGACUGGCCGAGGGAAAUAGAUUUCUCUCAGCAGCUUUGAAUCAUAACAUCAAAUUGGAUGUUGUUGUUUUUAGCUCUGUUAUGGAUGCAUAUGUGAGAGCUGGAGAGUUGGGAAGGGCUGUUGAGGUUUAUAGGAGAAUGCUGAAGGAAGAGGUUUCUCCAAACAUGGUCAGUUACAGUAUUCUUAUCAAAGGGUUGUGUCAAAGCAAUAGAGCCAUGGAGGCUUGUGGUGUUUUUGGAAAAAUCACAAAACAUGGAUUUGAACCAUCUGUUUCCAGUUAUUGCAGUCUGAUAGAUGGAUUAUGCAAAUCAGGAAAUUUGACCGAUGGCUUCCGUUUCUACAUGGAUAUGAAAAGCAUUGGACUCGAACCUGAUGUUGUUGUUUGUAAUGUGCUAAUCAAUGGCCUAUGUAAACGAGGGGAGAUAAAGAAUGCCUUAAGGUUCUUCUUUCAGGCAUUGGAACGAGGCUUGAAACCAAAUGUCUUGAUCUUGAACACCUUAAUUGAUGGUUGCUGCAGAUUGAAAUGGCUAACCGGUGCAGUGAAGGUUUGCAAAUUGAUUGAAAUCUUAGGUCUGAAACCAGAUGUUGUCACCUACACCGCUCUCAUUAAAGCAGUUGCUAACACGCACCACUUGGACAUGGCAUUACUGUUAUACUUUCAAAUGCUGAAGAAAGGUUUGAAGCCAGAUGCUGUAACCUACUGCACCCUCAUUGAUGGAUUCUGCAAGUUGAACAACCCAUCUGCUGGAUUCAAGAUUUACCAGCUAAUGUCCAGAAAAGGUAUAUCUGCUGACAUUGCAAUAUAUAACGUUCUGAUCAAUAUGCUUCUCCGGCAGCGCCAACUGAACAGUGCAUCGCAUCUGUUCGACCAGCUUCAAAAGCGUGGACCAAAACCUGAUACCAUUACAUACAAUACAAUGCUCUGCGGCUACUGUUUUCUCAGGAAGGUAGACGAUGCUCUCCGCCUGUUCCACCGAAUGUCUAGACCAAAUGCCAUCACUUUCACCAUACUUAUCCAUGCUCUCUCCAGAGAAGGUAGACUUGAUGAUGCAGUGUCAUUAUUCUCCACAAUGUUGGAACAGGGUCCGAACCCCAAUGAGGUCACUUAUAGCUGUCUGAUCGACGGUUACUUCAAAGCUCAAAACACGGAUGGUGCAUUCGAACUUUACGAGGACAUGGUUAAGAACAAGGUUGCGCCGAACAUUGUCAGUUACAGCAUCAUCAUUGAUGGGCUUUGCAAGAUAGGGCUGGUUGAGGAAGCGUCUUGUGUGUUGAGAUACGCCUUGGACAAGAGAUUGUUGCCUGAUGUGGUGACGUAUACCAUUCUCAUUCGUGGUUAUUGCAAGGUUGGGAAGUUAAGAGAAGCUAUGGGAGUGUAUGAUAGUAUGGUGUUGAGUGGAGUCCAACCCGAUAAUUUCUUGCAGAGAACACUUGAGGAGUAUCUCGCUACAGUUAUGGAGCACAAUAGCACUGAUCAUUAG